AGCGGCAAACCGAUAAAUCAAUUUUAUUUUAUUUAUUUUAUUUAUCUUUUCAACAUCUUUUAUUUGUGUGACAGCGAACUCCAUCGGCGAUAUAGAUUGACUGCAUGGUCUUCAUGAUUUUAAGAAGUGUUGCUACAUCUAGUGUUUCCUGUGAAGCGGGAAACAAGAACAACUUCCCUUUCUGGAUUCUCGUUUGCCUAUUUGCAAGAUUCCUUGGGGGUUCAGUCUUCAACUUCAGUCUCCCGUUCUUUGUUACCCACCCUUUAUCAAUUUAGAAUUAUCAAGGUUUUUAUCUCCAUCUUGGGGAAAUGGUUGCUUCUCAAUGUUUGCCGAUGACUGGAAACACCACAAGGAAGACAUUUCAGAGCCAAGUGCUUCUUCCAAUGGGCAUGCCUGAUGCGCUUCCUGUGGAUCAUGUUGACUUUGAGUUGGACUUCUCCGACGUCUUUGGUUCAGUACCUCAAGUAACUUCCGCACCCAAUACAAAUGAGUUAGUGUAUGAUGAGCCAGAAGUGAUUUGCAGCCGUUCCCAUUCAUUGGUGGGUCCUACAUCUUUUACCAGUCAGUCUUUGAGGCUUAGCAAGUUAACUUUACACGAGACUGAAUAUGAUCUUGUUGAGGGGGUCAGUACGAAAGCUUUUGAAGAACUUGAGAAAUCUUCUUUUGUCAUUGAUGAUGACGGCAAUUCAAUGAAAAGCGAUAGUGUGGGACUUGAUGACUUUGAAGUCUUAAAAGUAGUUGGUCAAGGGGCAUUUGCAAAAGUUUAUCAAGUGAGAAAGCAUGGUUCGUCCGAAAUCUUUGCUAUGAAGGUCAUGCGCAAAGAUAAGAUCUUUGAGAAAGAUCAUGCUGAGUAUAUGAAAGCAGAAAGAGAUAUUUUAACAAAAGUUGAUCAUCCUUUCAUUGUGCAGCUUAAAUACUCAUUCCAGACCAAAUACAGAUUGUUUCUUGUCCUUGAUUUUGUAAAUGGAGGCCACCUUUUUUUUCAACUCUAUCGACAAGGCUUGUUUAGGGAGGAUUUGGCACGUUUCUACACUGCUGAAAUUGUGUCUGCUGUUUCACAUCUCCACGCCAAUGGCAUUAUGCACAGGGACUUAAAACCUGAGAAUAUUCUUCUGGAUGCAGAAGGGCAUGUUAUGUUGACCGACUUUGGCGUAGCAAAACAGUUUGAUGAGAGCACAAGAUCAAAUUCCAUGUGUGGAACAUUAGAGUACAUGUCACCAGAAAUCGUACAAGGCCGGGGCCAUGAUAAGGCAGCUGAUUGGUGGAGUGUAGGAAUUUUAAUGUAUGAAAUGCUUACAGGAAAGCCUCCAUUUAGAGGCGGAAACCAACAGAAAAUCCAGCAAAAGAUAGUUAAAGAUAAGAUCAAGCUUCCAACCUUCUUGUCAAGUGAAGCGCACUCUCUUUUGAAAGGGUUGCUGCAGAAGGACUCAAGCAGGCGUCUUGGAUGUGGAUUAGACGGAAGCAAUGAGAUAAAAAACCACAGUUGGUUCAAAUCAAUUAACUGGAAGAAAUUGGAGUGUCGAGAAAUUAGGCCAAGUUUUGUUCCACAAGUUGCUGGUAAGCAAUGCAUUGCAAAUUUUGAAGAGUGUUGGACCAACAUGCCCCCGGUUCUGGAUUCCCCGGCUGCCAGCCCCAAAUGUCAAGAGAAUCCCUUUAAGGGGUUCACUUAUGUGAGGCCUGCAGCUGCUUUUCUUCAGAGGGAUGAAUGAUUCUGCCUAAUCAAUAUUGGAACUUGGAAGUUUGUACUCUUUUACACUAUAUUUUUAGGAACAUGUUUUUAUGUGUAUUGUGUAAUAAAGCAAAUGUCAUUUAACAUUUGAUUUUAACAAGUUAAUAAAUUACUUGGAUUCUAUGUC